AUGGAGACGAUGAAAGGAACCAAAAGUAGAAAGAGACAGAUGAAAGAAAAGAGGGAAUCAAAAUUUUGGCUGAUGACCAAGACUGACGCCUGCGGUAUGCAACAAGAAAGGAAACUUCAAACACUAGGAAACAAGACUGGCGGGGGUAAUCUGGUAUCUGCUCGCUGGGAGCGCAAGAACAUGGCCGGUGCUCGGAAGAAAAACGGUGCAAGUGACAUGGGGUAA